CCCUGCAUGCCAUUUCUCCGACUUUCAAACAGCAGAAUCGAAAAAUAGAAUGUCCAGACUACUGAGUGCCCGUGAUCGUGGCCAAUGCGCGCUGGUUGGUAACCGUGAUCUGUGACAACAAGUACACACGUUCAGCUAGCUCAUCCAUCCAACCAACUCGACUCGUUCCUUUUUUUUUUUUCUUUUCAACGACUCUUUCUCAACGCUACUUUGCAUCGAUUCCUUCUCGUGAAGUUAUGCCGUUGCCCGACGAACGCCCGCGACAAAGUGUUGCGAAUCUCAUCGGUAGAUUCGAACAGCAAACGAAACGGCAGUCAAUAUCUGCGGCUCCAGCUCGCAGUUCAAGUGUCGUUUCGCAUAAUUCGGGCGAUUCAGCCAAGGAAGAGGUAAAGGAGAAGCGAGAUUGGCCUCCACGGUCGGCGUCAUCGUACACGACUAGCCCUUCAUCGUCGUGGAUUAAGCCUCAGUCGUCGGCUCUUAAAUCAUCGUCGUCUUCGAUGAGCACAGUUCCGAUCUCGACAGCUGUAUCUGCCCCGGAGGCCGGGGCUGCUCCGACUCAGUUGCCAUCUCCCGAACAUUCUGAUCCCGAGAAUCUCUUACCUUCGAAGGCGGUACUGAACCAGAAUCCAGCACCGUCGUCUUUCAAGUCUCCUAAGGCGUUGACGCCGAAAACAUCACUGAGUGGGUCGACAUCGACUCCUCUGAAGCCGCAGCAUACAGGCCAAUCUACUACAUCGACGAUAGCUUCUGUACGGAAGACGGUGGCCAGGACUACCACUACUAUUACUGCUGCCGCCGCACGCGCAAAAACGCCAUCACGUACCAGCGCGCGCCCGAAAACGCCUCCACGUACUUCUGCUCCCAGGGCAAAGACGCCAAUUUCCGCACGUCCUGGGUCAGGCUUGUUCGCACCUACUGCAGCCUCUCUGGCUAGGACCCGGGACGCCCAGGCUCCUGCGCCGACGCCCAAGAGGAAGUCGGUGUUGUCGAGUGCUGUUGCUGAUAGGCUGAACAAACCAACUGCUGCGUCGGCCAGUAAGGCUCGUGCGCCUGUGAUUGUGCCUUCUAGGGGUAAGUCUGUGACUCGUGGGGUUGUGAUGAAGCCCAAGUUGCCUUCAUCGAGUAGUACGAGGGUAGUAAAGAAAGACGGUCUAAAAGGAGCUGUGACGGGAGCGACUGCUGUUGCUGCGGUCGGGAACGUUGUCGGUGAUGAGCACGCGGAAACGAACGGCCAUGAUACAGAACCUUCUGCUGAGCAGGCACACACGGACGCUGCCGGCGGUCAUGAACAAGUCCAUGAUGAGGCGGAAAUCCAUACGGAACCGGAAACUCAUGUUGAAACGGAGGAACGUGAAGAAGGAGGUGUAGACCAAAAUGAAACGGUGCAAGUUGACGUUGAUACCCCAGGGGAGAUCGAGCCCCAAGAUCCCACGUCGCCCGAAGGUGUUUCAGUCAUUUUGCCUGAUGUGGAGAAAGGGUCGACGGGAGAACGGACGCCUGUUGCUGAAACGCACUCUCGCGAACAGCCUGUUGAGCAGGAGCAUACUAUACCCGAAGAGUCUCCUAAGGAAACGCAACCUUUUGUUGGCAAUGAUAUCGAGGAUAUCGUCAAUCUGUUGGAGUCCACGUCGCGUCCAGUUAGCAUCGUCAGCAUCCCGGACGACGUGAUUGAUAUCCCUGACGAGUCGGAGUAGAAGAAACCCAGGCAGCACUCAGAAUAUUCACGCAAAUGACACCUUUCGCUUUUACCCUCCAUGCAAUCGCUGUAUCUUUCUAGAUCUCAUAUAAUAUUUUUGGACGACACAUUGUAUACUCAUGCAUUUUUCCGAUUCGCCAAAUAUGCCCCUCGCUAUUGUGCAUUCCUGUCUCUCUUUCUC